CUUCAUGGGUGAAAUCAUUUCCACGAAUGAUAUUCGAGAAGCUGAACUGAUUUUUGUUCCUGUUCACAAGGAUGAUCAUUAUACUGUCUUGGUGCUGAACAAGAAAGCAAAAAGGAUUGAAAAUAUUGACAAUCGUACAGACAUGAAGGACAUUGAUAGAUAUAAGCAUGAGGAAUUUAACGGUCUUACAUACUUUUGUCGUGCUUUUGAUUCUUUUAUGAAAGAGACUAUGAGAUGUCGUGAUUUUGAUCGUCUCCACCAUUGGCAAACAUCAACUCUUUACUUCCCUUGGAGAAGCAAGGACAACAAUUUUGAUUGUGGUGUCUAUGCAAUCAAAACCAUGGAGCUGUAUGACGGUCAAAAUACUAACCAUGCUGCACUUGUUGACCUUAAAAGGGCAGCCACCAAAAACCUUGAGCGGUGUAGGCUUGCUCUUCGUCUUGUGGACCAUCCUUUAAACAAACUGAGAGAGAAAGUGAAGCAUGACUGUUAUGUUUGGUCUGCAAAGAAACCUGAACUGAUGGCAAGACAGAAGAUAAGGAAGGAUAAAGAGGCUGUUCUAGAUAAAUUAGCAUUUAAUCGAUCAAAGAAGACGAAUAGAAAAGAAGCACACAUUUUACGGCGAAGGAGGGAUCAUGAGGCAAAGUAGAAGAUGUGUUGAAUAAUAAUUUUGGAGACAAAGUGAAAAUAGAGCAACUGUUGAAAUUUCAUUAUUCUUAGGUGCCAAACUUUUUUUAUUAUUAUUAUAAUGUACAGUAGAAAUAGAAACCAUUGAAUUUUGCAAUGUACAGUACAAAUAGCACAGAACUCAUUUUACAUUUUAUAUCUGUGUUCUUUAAUGAAUUGUACAUUUACACUUACUUUGAAUGGAAUACAUUUGUGUAAAAA